GUGUUUAUUUGGGGCCGAUUUCGGGGUAAUUUUGGGUGACUUUUGCCCUGUUUUGGGCUCAUUAUUGGGGUCACUUUUGGGGUUUAUUUGGGGCCGAUUUGGGGAUUGUUUUUGGGAUAAUUUUGGGGUAAUUUUGGUGUUUAUUUGGGGCUGAUUUUGGGAUAAUUUUGUGGUAAUUCUGGGGUUUCUUUUGGGAUUAUUUUGGGUAAUUUCGGGGUUUCUUUGGGGCCGAUUUCGGGGUAAUUUGGGGCUAAUUCCGGGGUGAUUUCGGGUGACUUCUCCCCCCUUUUCGGGGUAAUUUGGGGGUCCCCAGCUGCUGCACCCCGAGGCCGUGGAGGGGCUGGUGCUGCUCAACCUGGAGGCCAAAGCCAAGGGCUGGAUGGACUGGGCCGCCAGCAAGCUCUCGGGGCUGCGGAUGUCGACGAACGAGAUGAUCCUGAGCCACCUCUUCACCCAGGACGAGCUGGCGGCCGCCCCUCCCCCCGUGGGGCGUGUCCGGGAGCACUUGGCGGCCACGCCCAACCCCGCCCUGCUCUGGAGCAUGUACACCAGCCGCGGCGACCUGGGCCUGGAGCGGAGCGGGGCCGGGAGCCUGCGCUGCCCCGUCCUGCUGGUGGUCGGUGACUCCGCCCCCCACGAGGACGCCGUGGUGGAGUGCAACGCCAAGCUGGACCCGACGCAGACGUCGUUCCUGAAGAUGGCCGACGGGGGCGGGCAGCCGCAGAUCGCCCAGCCCGCCCGCCUGACCGAGGCCAUCAAGUACUUCCUGCAGGGCAUGGGCUACAUGGCCGCCGCCGCCAUGACGCGCCUGUCCCGCUCCCGCACCGGCUCCGUGGCCGAGCCCGAGCGCGGCCGCAGCCGCACCCUCAGCGCCGGGGGAGGGGCCGCCACGCCCCCCGCCCCGCCCCCCGACGGCCCCUGAGGCUCCGCCCACCCUCCCCUGACCCGGGACCCCCCAAAAAACCUCUGGGACC